UUUAUUUAUCCAGGGGACAGCGGGUCAUUGCGCCUGCUGCAGCUUUUCCCUCUCAAGUCACAGCUCCUGGAGCCUGUAUGGCCUUUCUGUUAAAGCACAAAUUGUACAUAAUACUGUGUUGCAGGUAGGCCCUGUGCUCCACCUGUGAAUGCCUAGCUAAUGCACAAGGGGCUGUCUCUGCUCGGAGAACUUGCCAGGGAAGGCACACACUGGGGUUGGUUUCAGGCACGUGUGAAUACUCAGGGAAAAGGACAGACCUUCUGCUUAUUCACUCUCACAGAAGACCAAAAUUACCGUGCCACUGUAUGAGUUGGUCGUGGCCUGGUACACUUAGUACCAUGUGCUUUUCUGGUUGUCGUUCAUCCGGAAGGGUUUAAUAGACCUCAGUGAGGCCGAGGGUAAGGUCUAAGGACUCGGAUACUAUUUAGUGAGGUAUUGAAUAGCUUCCAUAUGUGUAGGAGUAACUGAAUCGACCUGAGAGAGGAUACAGGUGGAGAGUUAAACAGUGAGGGGAAGGUGUGAGAAGAAAUGCAUAGAAUUAUCUAAUCAGAAAGCAAAUUAAGAACUAAAGGAAGUAGUUACCCACAAAUAAUAAAACUCGUUGCCUCGGGAUGAAGACAGUAUAAUUGGGUUCAAAAAGGAUUUAUUCAAAUGUAUGGAAAAAGGAUUCAUUGUUAUUGCUUGGAUUCUGUCUCUGGCUCCUCAGGAAAUCCCCAAACAGCUGAUUUCUAGAGCUUGCAGGAUAAAAGAUCAUUCUACAGAAGUACUUUCUUUGUGUACUCCAUUCUAAACAUCAAAGCUAGCUACUUCAGAAUCAUUUCCUAUUUCAUAAAGCUUUUUUUCUUCCCUCAGAAGCAGAAACAAAAAACCCCAGGCUAGUGGUAAAACACAGUCUGACAGUAUUAAACCAGUGCGAAUACAGUAGUUUCCAAUCAUACUCAGUAACAUUUGCACUGCAGUGUCCAGCACAUUGGAUGGAGUGAGACCUUGAGGGUAAAUGACUUCAACACAAGAAUAGUGGUUGCAAGAACAAUGUAAUUACAACCAGUGAAUCAGCUUUGAAUGAGCAGCUGAACAAUACAUUAUGGCCUUUAGGUAAAGGCCGUGAUGUUGACAAGAACAGCAGUUAAUGUCUUGCUCUACUGGACAUGAAGUUGAUGGUUUAUUUGCAAUUUAUGAAUUAUUUUGAAGAUGGGCAAGGUCUGUGCUGUUUUCGGAGGAUCCCGUGGGAUAGGCAAAGCUGUGGCAGAGCUCCUGGCGCGGAAGGGCUGCCGCCUGGCCAUCAUUGCUAGGAAUCUGGACGUGGCCCAGAGCACUGCCCGUAGCCUUGGUGGACAUCUGGCACUUAGCUGUGAUGUAUCCAGUGAACAAGAAGUCCAAAAGACUUUUGAGGAGAUGCAGAGGAAUUUGGGUCCUAUUAACUACUUGGUUAAUGCAGCUGGGAUCAACAGGGAUGGUUUGCUACUGAGAACCAAGACUGAAGAUAUGAUAGCCCAGAUUCACACUAACCUUUUGGGAACAAUGUUGACAUGCAAGGCUGCUGUAAAGGUCAUGAUUCAACAGCAGGGAGGUGCUAUUGUCAAUAUAGGAAGUGUUGUAGGACUUAAAGGCAACUCUGGUCAAAGUGUGUAUAGCGCUACCAAAGCAGGAUUAGUUGGAUUUUCACGCUCUCUUGCUAAAGAAGUAGGAAAAAAGAAAAUUCGAGUCAACGUUGUUGCUCCAGGCUUCAUUCGCACAGAGAUGACAGCUCAUUUGGAAGAAGAUCAGUUGAAGAAAGCAAUUCUCCUUGGAAGAUUUGGAGAGCCUCAUGAAGUUGCACAAGCUGUUGCCUUUCUUCUAGAAUCCUCAUAUGUUACAGGGAGUGUUCUGGUUGUAGAUGGAGGCUUGCAGCUUAUGACUUAAGUACUACCUCGAAUAAAUGACUGCUUUAAUGUCAUGAUGGUAAUAUAUAAAUGGUAAUAUAUAAAUAUAUACUAAAUAAAGGGAGAGGGUUGGAAAUCUUUUGAUGAUUGAUGUACAUAAUCAACUUGGUCUUAUUUAUUCAGAGGAGAAAUUCAGCAGCAGUGAAGUGCAAUGUGUGUGUUUAGCUGCCCGAAAGAGUCUGUUUGGUAUUACAAAGUCCGUGUAUGAAACAAUUCUAAAAAGAUCUGGUUUUGAUACGGUGAUAACUUUAAUAAUGUGCUGAUAUGUUUUUAAAGCACUGUAUUUUUAUAAAGUCCUGCUUGCUAAUUUGGGAUAGGAUGAGAUUUAAUUUGAAUUAUCAUGUUACACAAAGGAUAAUAAAGUGCAGAGACAUGUUUA